AGCCCAGUCUCGAUAUCGGGGGGGGGGCUGGCCUGAUCCUGCAGGGCUCCUCUCCUCUUCUGAUGCUGAGUUCCUGCAGAUGCAAGCGAGCCUUCCUUUGCACUUCCCUUACAAUCAAAGCUCCCCCUCCCCCAUCCUCAGAUAGGACAGGGGUCUUAUCCAGACUCCUGACUGGCACAUGUGCACCUAUUCAGACCUGCAGGCCCUACAUGCUCAGAGGAUCUUUUGAGAUUGAACAGGAAGCCUUGUCGAGAACCUUGGCUCCCUGCACUGCAAGGGAAAUGGACUGGGUGGCGCUGGGCAUCCCUGACACUGGAGGUGUCUAGACCCUGGUACAAGUUCCUCACUUGUCCAUCAUGGUUCGACUUCAUUCCUUGACUGCAAUUACUGAAAGUCAGGAGCAACCAGGCUGAUUCAUCUCACAGAAAUCCCUUCAGUUGCCUUCACAUUUUGCUUGGGAAGUGUCCUUCUACGUGGGCUAGAGGCUGACUUCUCCUCCUUCCUUUUCUCAAAUAAAAGAAAAUUCAGUGUCUGGGCUGUGGAGCAGUCCAGCCCUUGUUUCUGGACUCAUCUAAUCUUGCUCAAUGAACCUUUGUCUUCUGCUGAUCACGACAAUGCAUUGCUUUGUAGGACUUCCUAGCACCUCUACUUAGGACAGACAGAACGGGGCAGAAGACCAAGGGGCUCCUUCCGAUCUCUUGGGGGAUUCCUGACAGCCCAGAUGGAUGAGCAAGACUCAGCUGGCCCUGAAGUGGGAAGAGGCCAUGACAUCCAAACUGGGAGCAGUGGGGGAUUCUGGGAAAACUCUGUGAAGAAGAUCCUGGGAGAGGAGGACACUCUCCGCUCAGUUGUACAGAGCCAGCAGCUCAGGCAGUUCUGCUACCAGGAGGCCAAAGGACCCCGAGAGAUUUGCAGCCGACUCUACCACCUUUACUGUCAGUGGCUGAAGCCAGAAAAGCACACGAAAGCUGAGAUGCUGGACCUGGUGAUCUUGGAGCAGUUCCUGGCUGUCCUUCCGCCAGAGCUGGAGAGCUGGGUGAGGGAAUGUGGAGCGGAGACCAGUUCGCAGGCGGUGGCCCUGGCCGAAGGAUUCCUCCUGAGUCAGGCAGAGGAGAGGAAGCAGGCAGAGAGAAAGCAGGGAAAGUUUCUGUUAGCAGAAAUGGGUCCAUAUUUGCCUGAGGCAGAGAGGACGCCGUUGGACACCAGAGAGAGGCUGCUGGGUGACAGAAGGAUGCCAGCAAGACCUCCUCAUCCUUCUUUUCUUGGUGGUGGAGCAGAAGCAGCAGCUGUGGAACCAGAUCAGGACCCUUUGUCAUUUGAAGAUGUUGCUGUUCAUUUCACAGACGAGGAGUGGGCGUUGCUGGAUCCUGACCAGAGAGCUCUGCAUAAGGAAGUCAUGGAGGAGAAUGGUGGGAUCCUGGUCUCUCUCAGAGGGAAUGAAUUGGAAAGGAAGGAGGAGGAAGACCAUGACAAAAUCUACACAGCAGAGAAUCCAUAUCAAUAUAUGGAGUGUGGCGAGAGCUUCAGUCUGAGCUCCCUUUCCACUUCCCAUCAAAUAAAUCCCAUUGGGAAGAAACACUAUCAGUGCCUGGAAUGUGGAAGGGGCUUCACUCGGAACUCCCGUCUCACGGCCCAUCAAAGAAUUCAUACAGGGGAGAAACCCUAUCAGUGCUUGGACUGUGGAAAGAGAUUCACUACAAGCACAAGCUUCCAUCGACAUCAGAGAAUUCACUAUGAGGAUGAAGACUAUCAGUGCUUGGAAUGUGGAAAAAGGUUCAGAUGGAAGGUCAGUCUGACUUCCCAUCAAAUAAUUCACACAGGGGAGAAUCCAUAUCGGUGCUUAGAGUGUGGAAAGAGCUUCAGUCAGAGGGCCCAUCUCACGACCCAUCAAAGAAUUCAUACAGGAGAGAAGCCGUAUCAGUGUUUGGAAUGCGGAAAGAACUUUAAUACAAGGCCAAACUACUAUCGACAUAAAAGUAUUCACCGUGAGGAGAAACCAUAUCAGUGCUCGGAAUGUGGAAAGGGGUUCAAGUGGAAGAGUAGUCUUGCUUCCCAUCAAAGAAUUCAUACAGGGGAGAAUCCUUAUCAAUGUUUGGAAUGUGGAAAAAGUUUCAGGUGGAAAGACAGCUUCACUUGCCAUCAAAGAAUUCAUACAGGUGAAAAUCCCUAUCAGUGCUUGGAAUGUGGAAAGAGUUUCACUGUGAAGAAAAACCUCACUUGCCAUCAAAGAAUUCAUACAGGCAAGAAACCCUAUCAGUGCUUUGGGAACAGCUUCGGUCAGAGCUCCCAUCCAGUUUCCCAUCAAAUAACUCACCGUGUGGAGAAACCAUAGCAAUUGCUGUGUAGUGAUGAAUGCUUGGGAGAGACUAUGGAAGACAGAUUUGAAAUUUACUGCAUAUUAUACCUUGAGAGAAAACUAUGUGAAAAUAAUGUAUAACACCAUAUAAACUAGCAAAUAUGUAUAAAAAUGUACGUGCCAGAAAUGUCAACAGGAGGAAGGGUCAUUUUAUAAUAUGUGGUGGUCCUGUGAAAAGGCAAAGUGUUUGGGGGGGAUGAUAUAUAAUUAACUGAAAAGGAUGUUUAAUCUGACAGUUCCUUAAAAACCUGAGGUGUUUCUGCUAGAAGCAAUGGGGACGGAGGUCGUGAGAAAACUGACCCAUUUAUUUAUGUAGCAACAACAACAGCUAGAACUUUAUAUGCACAGAGGUGGAAAGAGGAGGGAUUACCAACAAAGGAGGAAUGGCUUCUGAAACAGAGGGAUUAUGCUGAAAUGAUGAAAUUAACUGCCAAAUUAAGAGGAUAUAAUGAAGUUUUCAAGGAGGAUUGGAGACCAUUGAUGGAUUAUCUAUUAAAGUAUCACCCAGACAUGAAGCUGUUAGCAGGAUUUGAAAUAUUAAUGGAUAGGUGAAAGAAUUAACAAUCCUAGAGUUUAGAAAGUAAAAACUUAUGUGCUGUGAAACAACUAAUAAAAUGGAGCAAAAAACAAACAUCAGGAAAGGGAGGCGGGACAUCAAGAAGAAAAUUCAUGGCAUAAAAAAAUUAUAUAAUGUUGUGAAAUACUUUUGGAGAUUUAAUAAAAAAUGCUUUUUUAAAAAACCAGUUGCUAUGUAGUAAUUAAAUUUUAAGAGACUUUAAUUAGUAUUUGGGUGAGGAUUGCAACGGUGUUCUUGUGCUUCGUAGCCCCAGCAGAGAAGUCAGUCUCGCCUCUCAGAGCCAUGGGGUGCAAGCCUGGUGCCCAAUAUUUCUUCACACUACGAAUCCAGAUCUGCAAGGUGGAAGUCAUUGGCCAAGUGUUGAAUGUAUCAAAAUCACUGAGGCCUAAUUGGAUCCGUAGAAUGUUUGGGAUCUGGUGGGCGGGGCUUGUGUGUUCUGCUCUGGAACCAGCCCCUCCAGGGGGUUCCGCUAAGAGGGACCAAUGGCCUCUUUGUGCUUCUUGCCCCACACAGACUUGCUUCAUGCUGUUGUAUUUAGUGUUGACUCAUGUUAAGCUAAUAGUCUGCUAGGACCCCUUGACCCUUUCCCCAUAUGCCACUGGCAAUCCAGAUGUUCCCCAUCUGAUAUUUGUGCAUCUGGUUCUUCCUGCCUAAGUGCAGAACCUGACAUUUGUCCCUAUUGAAGUUCACUUUCUUAGUUUGCGGCCAGUUCUCCAACUGGGAGAUGUACUGAUUCUUUUACAGGUGGUCCCUUUAGAUCAGGCAUAGGCAAACUCGGCCCUCCAGAUGUUUUGGGACUACAAUUCCUAUCAUUCUUGACCACUGGUCCUGUUAGCUAGGGAUCAUGGGAGCUGUAGUCCCAAAACAUCUGGAGGGCCAAGUUUGCCUAUGCCUGCUUUAGAUAUUUCAAAAGAUGGCUCUUAUAUCUGUUCUCGAUCUCCUCUUCUCCAGGCUAAACAUACCCAGAUCCCUCAACUAUUCCUCAAGAUGCUUGGUUACCAGACCCUUGAGCAUCUUGGUGGCCCUACUCUGGACAUGUUCCAGUUGGUCAAUAUUCAUCUUGUAGUGCCCAGAACUGGACACAGCAUUCACUUUUCUGCUGCUGCAUUGGACUGUUGACUCAUGUUCAGCUUAUGGUCUACAAAGACCCCUGCUACUGGCAAGCCAGGUCUCCCCACCCACCCCCUAUAUUUGUAAUACAGCAGUUCUUAUUUACUGAGGUGUGUGUGUGCAAUUACUGUCCUCUCCCCUCUCUUCCACACUCUUUUCCUCUUCUGCACAACGAGGCCACCCAUCUUAGCCCCAGAAGAGGGAGCACAGAAAGGGCAAGGGUGAGUGGGCAGUGUUGAAUGGUCUCUUUAAAUCUGAAGGUUCAUUAUUGUUCCACAAGAUGUGUAUUUCUUUAAAGGCCAGAGCAAAUAACGUGAGCUAGUUUUACAGCUGUGAAGCAGUAUAGCAGGUGCUGUUAAGUUGUGGUAAUUAAGCUGUUGGGUGUGGUAUAUUAAAGAGCACCAUGUAGUUCUCUCAGUACCCUGGUGGAUGGGUCACGCUUAUUGAUAUAUUGUAAUCUAGUAUUAAAGGAGUUUUUGUUAUUAAAACCUAGCAAAAGUUA